AUGCGUACCUUGAAGCGUCUCCUCUCACCUGUCCUUUGCUGCUUUGGCAUGUGUGCUUCUGAAGACCAUACAACUUCUGACCUUCAGACCCUGCCUUCGGCCCUGUCAGUGCAAUUAUCCGCUUCGCAGAUUCCGCAUGCCGUCAGUCAACUAGGUUCAAACACGGCAGACACAGAAGCCCUCCGCGAAUUGUUCCGAUCUUCAUCUUCAGUCCGCGGCUACCGCACUGCCUCUCUGCCAUCAGGCUCGAAUCUUCGAAGAGAGCCGUCGUUGGAUACUGAUUUCAAAUUUGGGUCGCAAGGUCAACAGCGGAAACAGCCCAGUCGAUUAGAACAAUUGGGCAGUCACAUUAAGCAGAAGCUUUCAGAGUCAAGGUUGAGCAAGAGCAGCUCGAGACCUCGUAUAGCAUCUGAAGACGUUCCUGGUGAUUCGGCAAGACAUGACAAUGCACAAUUGGGAAUGAGUGCCCUAGAGGCGACCCUGAACCAGCGAUCCACUGGUCUCCUCGAACUUCUCAUGUCGCGGACCGCAAGUGAGGGCGGCUAUGACAGCGACGCAAAAAGUAUCCAGACAGCCAUGCUGAAGGCCAGUGAUGGGACAAAGAAACUGAGUCCACAAAGGGAGCUGAGUCUAUCUUCACCUGCCGGCGUUCGACCUAUUGCCACCGACGGCGCUUCGCCGUCCCCUACAAGCAUUCACGUUCGUGAGGACCCUCAACCUGAAGCCGAUCACGCGAAGCCUCUUUCCACUCCCUCGAAACUCUCCUUCACAGAAGUUGUGUUGGCCGAAAAAGACGAGUCACCUGUAGAAGUCCUGAACUGUCUCAGCGGUCGAGUUGCAGACGGCACUGUCGAGCUCGCACGUGCACCCGAGUCCAGGACAAAGCCUGCUUUGGCCACCUCUGAUUCGAGAGAGCAUGAUCCCUUCACUAGUUCUCCGUCGAAAGACCAUGCUUUAUCUAGACGCGAUGAUACAGAAUUUACUGACUUGCUCAAGAAGCUGGGAGAUACCGAUGCCGUUGCCAAAAGGGAGAGUCUCAUUUCCUAUACGACAGGUCCACGAGCCAGUUUGGUGUCCGACCUGGAUCCGAAUUUGCUCGAUUUCAUCUCCAAAUACGGCGAGCGGCCCUCGGUUGACACCGCGGCAAGAACCUCUGAUGCUAACGCCGCUGCAUCUGUAGCCGAAUCGAAUUCGAUUGCCAUGGCUGGCCCGGAUCCUGCCAACGCUUCCACGCCGGGACGAGAGGGCAUAACCAAAAGGGAUCUUUCUUCGCUCGCCGGAUCUGACGGAAGCUCACUCCAUCUGUACAAUAUGCGGAUCUCUCAACGCCUCGCCAGCCCGUCCUUCAUUGCUGCUUCUUCCAGACCGAACACUAGCCACACAACGAUCCGGGUACUAAGAGAAAACUCGCCAGACCGACGUCUCUCAAUCAGCCAGACAUCCAUGGCAGGGAAGAACGGGGGCCUGACUACAACUGAGCACAAUAGAAGACCCUCCGAUCCUGAAACCAGACGAAUCUUUGAAGGUGACAUAGCUAAACAACAGGCGAGCUCCAGUCGGAGACCAGGGACUUCACUGGACCAUGUCCCUGGCUUCGGAAAGCCCAAGCCGCUCCCAAGCACUGAAGAUGCCUCAUCAUUCUACUGGAGUGACGGUGAAUUCGACGACGUUGGACCCUCUAGGCAAAGCACGCGGAAGAGAAAUCCAAAUAGCAUUGCAAUUGGUGGGAGAUCAGAGUCCAUCAGCCUACCUAUCGGCUCUUCCAGUGCCAGCAUCGGUAACCUAUCAGUUGCAGAAGAGAGUACCUGGUUCAGCAGAAAGCCUUCACAGCAGAAGCAAGUGAUUGAACAAGACAGCCGACUCCACCAGUCCGCGAAGAGGAAUAGGAGUAUAAGUAUGCCAGAUCGGAACAAUCUUGGUUCUUCCGCAUAUCUAGUCCUUCCUUCCCGGCACCUUCCACACUCGACCGAGACCAAUGAGACAAUGAGCGAAAUCAGUGCUGAUCAACUACAAGAGGCUAGGAAAGAAAAAUUGACCGAGAUCAGUGCCCAAGCCAUUUGCGACAGACACAAUGAAAGAAUGAGCGAAAUUGAAUCUCCAGACCAUGGCUUUGCCACAGCAGCCCAGCCAGGUUCGUGUAGCCACCAAUCGUUUUUUGCGCCUCACACGAGACAGUCACCUCCCUUUUCAAGAAGUUCUGUCGUUGGACGGUGUUCGAAAUCAGAAGAUGACGAUGCGGCAAGAUCGAUCUACAAUGGUCCCAACAAGUUCCAAGAGUCUGCCACGGAUAUUUGGCACAGAUCUUUCAAACGAGCUCUAGGAGAACCUGAAAAUGACUCACUGGGAGGUUUUCUCACGUCACCACGGUUUGACCGCGACGGCAGGCGGAGAAGUACCAGGUCAAGCGUCAGUGCGGUACAGAUGUCUCAUCAAGGCCACCGCAACUCGGACGUAGACUUUGAUUUAGAUCCACUGCAAGAGACCCAAGCCCGGAAUGAAUCAUCUGGGCUCGAGGUUAAGCCUCAUACUCAGGUCUGCAUGAAGAAACCUGAUCCGCUACCGACUGUAAGCCCUAGACGCAGCAUUGCCACUAUUGAUACAGGGAAGAAGGAACCUAACGCCUUGGCGGCGAAGACUUCCAGGAAAAAGAGUAUAUUGGACAUGGGACGACGAUUCACGGUCAUCGGAGCCUCCAGCGAUAGUGAGCCGGCCUCCAGGGCCGGCACUCCACUGAAGGAUCUCUUCGGUCUCUGGGGACGAUUCCCUAGCCACACGAGAGAGGAGAGAUGCGGCUCGGCUGGGCCAAAAGACGGGGUUGCCGUACGAGACUUUGCUCUCGACUAUCAGGACGAGAAUACUGCAUCCUCAACCCCCCGGAUGCCGUGGGCCAGACCAACAAGGGCACGAGGUCUUCGCACUCCUGGACCUUGGAGGAUGCUCCAAUUCAGUAAGAAAGACAAUAGUAGGAAUGCACAUAGCAAAAACACACGAGCCACGCAGUCCCUGGGUGCGCGGCACAAAAAGAGCCAGAAAGCUCUCUCUAGGCGAUGGAGAAAGGUCUAUCGCAGCAGCAGCACUGAGUUCAGAGCGUACACACACACUCAUGGACAUCGGAGCAGCAUAAGCGUGGGUGCUAGCGUCGAAUAUCCGGAGCUUGAAGUGAUCCCUAGUACUGAAUGGCAAGCAGAUGGGGAUGGGCCCGCAGAAAUCGGCCACCUCCACGAGCAUCAAGCGGUGAAUCGUUUGCAGGAUCGCUCCAUAGAACCAGUGGAUUUUCAACCUUGGACUCGCAUGUAUCGAGACUGUGUUGGGAGCCUCUCGGACCUGAAAAGCGACCCCGAACUGGGAAUGGGGGAUCUCAUCACAGGGCCCGAUCGAUUGCACGACCGGCAUUUCACUAACGACAGCCUGCAAAGCGAAGAGUUGAGGGACAGCACGGUCGAUUUCGAACACCGACUUGGAAAGGAGCACGAGGCAGUCCAAAAGGGCCUCAUCCACCAGAUCGAGGGUAUAGGCCAGAGCGAGGAGCGAUUGGAUGUCAACGCAAGAGCCUGA